AUGCGUGCUGCUGCCUCGGAGAAAAUGCCCACUGAUCCGCGCAUCAAUUUCACUUGUGAGGCUGUGUGGAACUCGACGUCAUUCGAUCGGAUGUAUCAGGCGUUGAAUACACUAGAAAAAGAUCCUCACUGCGUUUCUCAGUACAUUUUCCAUAAGCUCAUGGGGCACGAUAUUGACGAGAUUCUUUUCAAAUAUUCUUUUCAACCUGCUCGUGUAUUUCGGAAAGUGUUAUGA